AAUCACUGUAGCAGUAAGUGGUGGAGUGUACUGAACCAGAAAGAGGGGAACCAAGGCAAGAGGUGUCCUCCAAAGAAGUAGAGAGGGGCCUGAGAGGAAAGAAUUGGUCAACCACUUUUAAUGCAGCAGAGAAAAAGACUUUGUAGUGUCUACUGGUUUAUCAUCCAGGUUCCUGAGGGUGACCUUAGCAAAGACGAUUUCAGUGGAGAGCUGGGGGCAUGGACCAGAUGUCAGGAUGGAAGGAAUGCAGUGAGGAAAGAAGGAAUGGAAAGUGUAGAAGUGGAGGUAUGGAGUGUAGACAAAUUUCUUAGGACAACUGAAUAUGAAAGAAAGAAGAGAAAGAGGCAAAGAAGAAGAUCGAACCAAGAACUGAGUUAGGACUGCCAGGAAAAUAUGGACAUAGGUGUUUGUUUAUAAGAAAAGUUGUGGUGAAAAUAGAGGAAGGGUGCCCGUGUUUUCUCAAACAGCUGUUCUAUGACUAGAAGAAUGGUUUCAUCUUUGCCAAUGUUGUUUGCCUCCUGCUGAUAUAAAUUUAAAAUGGUAGCUAUUACUGUCAUUAUGAAUUGGCUGGUGAUGCUUCAAGCUGUAAUUCAAAGAACUGAAGAAUGAACAGAGAAUGGGAAACAGUAUGGAAGAAAUGGUGAAACUGCAGGGAUCUUGAGGCAUCCUGAAAGAGUUCCCAUCAGGAGACCUUACCCCAGGCAUGGCAGGAGGCAACGGCUAGGCUUAGAGCUUUUAGAACAUGAGAAAAGUCUAGAAAGGAUACCACAGGGGACCUGACAGACAGCGGGAGAUGAGAAGGAAAAUUCUUGAGCAGCAGAAGGGCCUCAGUUAAGGUUAUUGGGGAGAAUUUGCAAGGAAACAAGUUACCUUUAUUAACUUUCCCCAGUGAGUCUGGAUAGCUCUGGUGCAUGACAGCGAUGGAAAUAGGCAAGGUGAACACCCGGAAGAACAAGAACAAGGAAAUCUACAUUAUACACAUUGCUGAAAUAGGUCAUGGAGUUCCGGCAACGUAGGAGGGCUAGAGAGCCCAGGACUUGGCUGAGGGACUGGGAGAAUAGACAGGCAAAAGACAAAGGUGUCUUGUUAGGGGAGAGAGAAAAGGAGGUUUAUAAGGGCAAGAGAUCAGAAGAGGAAGGUGAACAAGGCUCAUUCUUCCAUGCCUUCCAGACUGUCAUCUCUCUUAGGGGAGAAACUGAUUCUCAUUUCUUUUUUAUUUAUUUUAGCACAUGUUAAAUAAUGCUUUUAAGAUCAUGAAUUAACAAAUGAACAGAAACAGUUAUCUUGUUGGCUUAUCUCCCACUGAGCUACAGGUUUCUGGAGGGUGUCCUGUGGAGCGAUGUAUUGAGAAGGCCCAGGAAAGCUCAGGAGACCUCGCAGGAAUGCAAUAGUUAAUGAAUGGGAAAAAAUGAACGGGAUCUUUUUGAGCUCUGAUUUCCUCAUCUAAAAAUGAAAACCACAAGACGAACUCCCAUUCCCAAGAAGGGAGGAGACAUCCAUUAUAAUACUAGACAACGUUGCUCUUAAAAUUUGCCAGACCAGCCUUUGAGCAUUUUCAUUUAAAUUCCUCAGUGGGCAGUUGAUUCCCCAUGGUUCAUACUGUCUUCCAUCAUGGAAGGGAAUGAGUCAAGCAAAUGGAAUCAUAGAUACACACAUGCGCAUGCGUGCACAGAUGCACACACACACACACACACGUGCACACACUUUGGCCGUGGAUUUCUCAACCUUUGAGUCUUCUGAAAUUCUCCUCACCUUUCCUUCCCCCACCCUCAACCUCCACUCCAUACAACAGCUGCUCCUUGGACCAGACCUCCAUAACAAAUUCUAAACAGUUGCCUGGGGUUUGGCUACUGCUUCACAGGUAGUUAUAAAGCAUUUUGUGGUGCAAACCAAGAUUCCAGCUAACUGAGAUGGCAUGAAGGAGCUAAUUAAAGCAGUCAAGAAGCUGGUUUAAAUGAAGAUGAAAAUGUAAGCACUGUCCUCAUUGGAUAGAGUGAUUAGAAAUUAAAGUUGUUUGUUUUUUUUCAGAAUCAUCUGCGGUUUGCCAAAAUGUUGACAUGCAGCAUAACCUGCUACUAAUCAAAAAGAAAAUAAAACAAACCAAAGAAGAAGAAGAAAAUCUGACACUGUAAGUAGGAAAACAGACAUAGAAAACAGGCGUCUUUGCAAAUGGGAAAAAUAUUUAACUUGUUUGUCUAAAAUAAGUCUGAUCUGUUUUUGGACAAAGUCUCGGUUCCUUAGUUUGCCUUGAAAGACAUGCUCGCUCGCUCUCUGUUCUGAAAAAUUCAGCAGUGGGAGGUCCAGGCAGCUGGAAGUGGGAAAUGAAGCCAUAGGAUGAAGAUGAAAAAACAGAGUCCAGGAUAUAAGGUUGUCAACCUCAAGUAUUUUAUGUAAAAGGAUCCCAAGCUUAGCAUUUUUAGUAUCUCUAGAGUGUCACUGACUUAUGCAGACAACUUGAUGGCAUUAAUAUUCAAGUCAUACUACAAAAUUAUUAAUUAUGUUUUCUAAAGUUUGUACAUUUAAAUUUAUACUAAUUAAAUGCCUAAUGAAGAAAAUAAUUCCUUACCUGAUAUGGUAUAAUGGGAAAAGCAUAAAAGGACGUUUUGAUAAAACAUGUACUACCCAGACUUCUCUACCUCCAUCAAUUUAUUAUAAAUACUCUGUACUAUAAAAUAAAAACUUCAGAGUAGAAUAAUUCUAGCUCAAAUCUGGAACGAUGUGGAUACAUAGCAUGUACUCAAGAAUGUUUUUUUAAGGAGAGAGAAAGAGAAGAAAGAAGAAUAAAAGCAUACCUUGAUGAAUAUUGUUAAUUGCACUUAACAGGUACAAUAUAUGUAUACAAUAUAUACAAUAUAUGAUGAUUAAUAUCAAUGCUCUUGUUAUUGAUUUAUUCAUAAGACCCAGUGUACAUGGCACUGAGCUGAGUGUUUAUUGCUUUAAGUGUGGCACCUUUGUAUGAGCAGAAUAUUCUUUAGCAAGGUUUGAACCAGCUCAAACAUUUAAAAAUAAAUGAAUUUCAGAGAAGUCUUACAGAAAAUUAAAACAAAACAAAACAACAACAACAACAACAAAAGAGAUGCCACAAGAGUGCAACAUACUUGAGCUGAGUCUGAUGGGUGGGGCCAAGGGCAGCCCUUUGUUUGUCUUGAUGAUGGAGCAGGAAGGAUUUGGAGCAGAAACAACAGGCACCACAGGAUCAUUUGGGGAACAUCCAAUAUUCAAACCACCUCUCUCUCUUUCCUCUCAACCCUCUAUGUCCCCAAGUCAUUUGCUAGGCAUGAGCAAGGAGUGGAAAAUGAGGAAGGGUAGGAAAAUAGCAAAGAUCUCAGCUGAUAGUAAUACAAAGUUGCCACGAAUGAUGACAGCAAACACUUAUAUCGUGCUUACUCUAUUUGUGCCAGGCACUCUUGGAGUGCUUUACAUGUACUAAUUCACUUAAUUCUCACAACAAUCCUGUGACUGUUCCCAUUUUACAGAUGAAGAGGCCAUGGCACAGAAAGGCCAGAAGUGUUUAAAGAGCAGAGCCACAAUUCCAACCCAGGAGGCUUGUCUCAGAGCCACUUGUCUGCUACUUGAAAGCACAGAAUGAAGAAGACAAAGGGUUUGGGCUUUCGAAUUCCCUUCUACAUACACAGAUCUAGGCUUCCAUACGACAUUGUAAGUAGGAAGCUCUCUGAGCACCUAGCCCCUAGCAUGGUGUCUAUUCCAGUGUACAAGCUCAAUAAGUACUUGUUAUAUGAAAGAAUGUUUCGUGUCAAUUAAUAGUGGAACCCUUUGCAACACACUAAGUCUAUGAAACCAUAAAAUCCCAAUUCAGUUGGCUUGGAAAUAGCCUAACUUUUGCUUCAGUGCAGCCUAGGAGGGAGCUUAUGCCACUUAGAAAAAUACAUUUUGACAAAUUUCCUUGCAAUACGAAUGUAAAGAUCACCUACCUUUCCAAAAAUAGCAAAGAGGCCAGAGGAGAACAAGCUUUCUUACCCGUCCCUAAACUACAAAGUGUCCUCAGCGAAUCAGAAAGUAUGACAGAGAAAAAAAAGAAGAGGCACAGAGAGGAAAUGAACCAAGACAACAUCACCUCACAGCAACCGGAAGGAAAAACACACACAUACACACGCCACUCACAUCCGACGUGUGUGGUUGCUCAGUAGGCAAAUGCUUACAGCUGCCUCUAGAAGCAAGUCUGCUCGCUGCAUGGAGAGGGAAACAUGAGCAUGCAGCAGGACUAGCUGUCACCUCCCGCCCACCUGCCCAGAGAGGGCCAGAGCGUCGGGGAGGCAAGAUGAUCCACCAACAGUGCCAUCCUGCACUUGGAUUCAGUAAGCUGUGAGGUCCGUAAUGUCAGACACUGGCAAACAUCACAUGUUCUUCAAAUAGAGUUAUGAAAACCAAGAAACUGGUCGGAAGAGUAAAACGCCGGAAUUGUCCUUUCCAAGAUCCAGAGCUGCAACAUUCCUUGGGGCAAAAUGUGGACAAGAGCAGAUACUCAACAAGAGGUUGCAGUGACAAGAACUCAUUCAUUAAUUCAGAAAUACACUGCUUUAAGAUAACAGUUCUUCUGAAAUGUAAUCGUGAGCAAGAUAAAUAUCAGAAUCUUAUGGCAAGGGCCUUAUAUGACAAUGUCCCAGAGUGUGCCGAGGAACUGGCCUUUCGCAAGGGAGACAUCCUGACCGUCAUAGAGCAGAACACAGGGGGACUGGAAGGAUGGUGGCUGUGCUCCUUACACGGUCGGCAAGGCAUUGUCCCAGGCAACCGGGUGAAGCUUCUGAUUGGUCCCAUGCAGGAGACUGCCUCCAGUCAUGACCAGCCUGCCUCUGGACUGAUGCAGCAGACCUUUGGCCAACAGAAGCUCUAUCAAGUGCCAAACCCACAGGCUGCUCCCCGAGACACCAUCUACCAAGUGCCACCUUCCUACCAAAAUCAGGGAAUUUACCAAGUCCCCACUGGCCACGGCACCCAAGAACAAGAGGUAUAUCAGGUGCCACCAUCAGUGCAGAGAAGCAUUGGGGGAACCAGUGGGCCCCACGUGGGUAAAAAGGUGAUAACCCCCGUGAGGACAGGCCAUGGCUACGUAUACGAGUACCCGUCCAGAUACCAAAAGGACGUCUAUGAUAUCCCUCCUUCUCAGACCACUCAAGGGGUAUACGACAUCCCUCCCUCAUCAGCGAAAGGCCCUGUGUUUUCAGUUCCAGUGGGAGAGAUAAAACCUCAAGGGGUGUACGACAUCCCGCCUACAAAAGGGGUAUAUGCCAUUCCGCCCUCUGCUUGCCGGGAUGAAGCAGGGCUUAGGGAAAAAGACUAUGACUUCCCCCCUCCCAUGAGACAAGCUGGAAGGCCGGACCUCAGACCUGAGGGGGUUUAUGACAUUCCCCCAACCAGCACCAAGUCAGCAGGGAAGGACCUUCAUGUAAAAUACAACUGUGACAUUCCAGGAGCUGCAGAACCGGUGGCUCGAAGGCACCAGAGCCUGUCCCCGAAUCACCCACCCCCGCAACGGGGACAGUCAGUGGGCUCUCAGAACGACGCAUAUGAUGUCCCCCGAGGCGUUCAGUUUCUUGAGCCACCAGCAGAAACCAGUGAGAAAGCAAACCCCCAAGAAAGGGAUGGUGUUUAUGAUGUCCCCCUGCAUAACCCGCCGGAUGCUAAAGGCUCUCGGGACUUGGUGGAUGGGAUCAACCGACUGUCCUUCUCCAGUACGGGCAGCACCCGGAGUAACAUGUCCACGUCUUCCACCUCCUCCAAGGAGUCCUCACUGUCAGCCUCCCCAGCUCAGGACAAAAGCCUCUUACUGGAUCCAGACACAGCUAUUGAGAGGCUUCAGCGGCUCCAGCAGGCCCUGGAGAUGGGUGUCUCCAGCCUAAUGGCACUGGUCACCACCGACUGGCGGUGUUACGGAUAUAUGGAAAGACACAUAAAUGAGAUACGCACGGCAGUGGACAAGGUGGAGCUGUUGCUGAAGGAGUACCUCCACUUCGUCAAGGGAGCUGUUGCAAAUGCUGCCUGUCUCCCGGAACUCGUCCUCCACAACAAGAUGAAGCGGGAGCUGCAACGAGUCGAAGACUCCCACCAGAUACUGAGUCAGACCAGCCACGACUUAAAUGAGUGCAGCUGGUCCCUGAAUAUCUUGGCCAUCAACAAGCCCCAGAACAAGUGUGAUGAUCUGGACCGGUUUGUGAUGGUGGCAAAGACGGUGCCCGAUGAUGCCAAGCAGCUCACCACAACCAUCAACACCAACGCAGAGGCCCUCUUCAGACCGGGCCCUGGCAGCUUGCAUCUGAAGAACGGGCCGGAGAGCAUCAUGAACUCAACAGAGUACCCACACGGUGGUUCCCAGGGGCAGCUGCUGCAUCCUGGGGACCACAAGGCCCAGGCCCACAACAAGGCACUGCCCCCAGGCCUGAGCAAGGAGCAGGUCCCUGACUGUAGCAGCAGUGAUGGUUCUGAGAGGAGCUGGAUGGAUGACUACGAUUAUGUCCACCUACAGGGUAAGGAGGAGUUUGAGAGACAACAGAAAGAGCUAUUGGAAAAAGAGAAUAUCAUGAAACAGAACAAGAUGCAGCUGGAACAUCAUCAGCUGAGCCAGUUCCAGCUGUUGGAACAAGAGAUUACAAAGCCCGUGGAGAAUGACAUCUCGAAGUGGAAGCCCUCUCAGAGCCUACCCACCACAAACAGCGGCGUGAGUGCGCAAGAUCGGCAGUUGCUGUGCUUCUACUACGACCAAUGUGAGACCCAUUUCAUUUCCCUUCUCAACGCCAUUGACGCACUCUUCAGUUGUGUCAGCUCAGCCCAGCCCCCGCGAAUCUUCGUGGCACACAGCAAGUUUGUCAUCCUCAGUGCACACAAACUGGUGUUCAUUGGAGACACGCUGACACGGCAGGUGACUGCCCAGGACAUUCGCAACAAAGUGAUGAACCUCAGCAACCAGCUCUGCGAACAGCUCAAGACUAUAGUCAUGGCAACCAAGAUGGCCGCCCUCCAUUACCCCAGCACCACGGCCCUGCAGGAAAUGGUGCACCAAGUGACAGACCUUUCUAGAAAUGCCCAGCUGUUCAAGCGCUCUUUGCUGGAGAUGGCAACGUUCUGAGAAGAAAAAAAAGAGGAAGGGGACUGCGUUAAUGGUUACUAUGGAAAACUGGAAAUACUAUCUGGUUUUUGUAAAUGUUAUCUAUUUUUGUAGAUAUUUUAUAUAAAAAUGAAAUAUUUUAACAUUUUAUGGGUUAGACAACUUUCAGAAAUUCAGGGAGCUGGAGAGGGAAAUCUUUUUUUUUUCCCCUGAGUGGUUCUUAUGUAUACAUAGAAGUAUCUGAGACAUAAACUGUACAGAAACUUGUCCACGUGCUUUUGUAUGCCUGUGUAUUCAUGUUUGUUUGUAGAUGUUUGUCUGAUACAUUUCAUUAAAAAAAAAAAAUGAAUUAAGAAGCACCUUAGUAAGCACCUUCUAAUGCUGCAUUUUUUUUGUUGUUAAAAACAUACCAGCCAGUUAUAAUAUUGUUCUCUCCAUGUCUUUGUGAUGAUUCUGAGCCUGGCACUCCCAAAUCUGGGAAGCAUAGUAUAUUUGCAAGUGUUCACCUUCCAAAUCAUGAGGCAUAGCAUGACUUAUUCUUGUUUUGAAAACUCUUUUCAACACUGACCAUCUUAAACACAUGAUGGCCAAGUGCCCAAAAGCCCUCUCGCAGAGCAAAUUUCAGAAUAUAUAUGUGGAUCCAAGCUCUGAUAGUUCAGGUGCUGGAGGGAAGAGAGACCUGUGUGUUUAGAGGCCAGGACCACAGUUAGGAUUGGGUUGUUUCAAUACUGAGAGAUAGCUACAAUAAAAGGAGAGCAAUUGCCUCCCUGGGGCUGUUCGAUCUUCUGCAUUUGUGAGUGAUUCAGUCAUGAGGUUUUCCAAAAGAUGUUUUUAGAGUUGUAAAAACCAUAUUUGCAGCGAGGAUUUACAAAGGCGUAUCAGACUAUGAUUGUUCACCAAAAUAGGGGAAUGGUUUGAUCCGCCAGUUCCAAGUAGAGGCCUUUCUGACUCAACAUUCACUUUGGUGCUACUACUCCCAUUACCUGAAGGAAACUGGCCAGGUCCUUGAUCAUGGAACUAUAGAGCUACCAGGACAUAUCCUGCUGUCUAAGGGAAUUUAUUGCUGUCUUGCACCUUCUUUAAAACUCACAUAUGCAGACCUGACACUCAAGAGUGGCUAGCUACACAGAGUCCAUCUAAUUUUUACAAAUUCCUGUGGCCAAUGUGUAUAACCCCUACCACUAUCUCACAGGUAGUCACAGCAUCCAUUCCAUAGUCUGUCUCCUCACAUCUGUUAGUAUUGACACAGCACAGACACCAUAAGCCAUCAGGUUCUUCAUGGGGCAAGUGAAAUACUUCUACCCCAUAGGUAAAUGUAUUCACAUAUUACCAAGAGAAGAAGCACAUUAUCUAUGAUCUUUUGGCCCAGUUCUUAUUUAGCGUUUUUAUUCCAGCCUACUUGGAAACAUGUUUUUAUUUGCAAUAUAUGCCUGACUGAAUUAAGCUUGCUUGUUUUAAACAACCAAAUCAUUGGAGCAGAAAAGGAUUUAAAAAACAAGAAUGCAUGAUCUCAGCGUGGUUAAAAAAAAAUCAGUGGAAAUAAAUGAUCAUAGAAGGUGCUUUUCAAAACAACUGCUAUUAUAAUUCUCAAAGUCCUACUCUGCCAAAAGAAGAUUAAAAGUCAUACAUUACAUGACAAGAAAAUGUUUAUGUGGGAAGAGGGUUGCUGAAAAUCAACAACACUUGAAGUUAAAAAGUGUGUCUUUGUAGAUUUCAUUGUAUAAUGUGUAUUUCUUAGGAGAUGGCUGACUUGAUUGAUCUAUGCCAAGUGGAGACAUUUCACAUUUUUAAAACCAAAAUGUUCAAUCUGUAUUACUCUUUGCCAUCUUGUAUGUAGAGGCUAUUUUUAAAUCAUUAAAUUUUUAGAUCUCUGUUUUCAUA